CGCCAGAAGACAAAAGUAUGAUAAUGGGUUUUUACAGGAGAUGAUGUUUGGUUGGGAGGACAUAGUGACCGUUUGGAGCUCCAAGACUCUCAUCCCACUGUCCCACAACCACCUGCCUAUGUAUCAAUUUUGGAAGAUUUACUCAAGAUAAGUCUGUUUCUAUCUUGUCUUCACUUUGAAUGAUUGGUGCUUAUAAACCACUCUUUAAACUUGGAAAUUGGGUUACCUUAAUUGAUUUCUUCAAUUCAGCCCCCAAUUCACACUACGAAUUUGAUCUUGCUGCUGGGUUUUUUUGUUUGCUUCAAGAAUUCUAGACAGAGAGAGAAAUCUGGGUUUUGGAGUUUUGCAUUUUGGUGAAGACAGACAGAGAACUCUGGUUAGAAGAGGCUGAUUUUGCUUUUGGAAGCUGAUUUUUGAAAGACCCAUUAAAAAGUUUGCAUAGUUAGAAUAGGGUUUGUGUCUUUAAUUGGUUUUUGAUGCUGGAUUUCAGAUAACGAUUGGGUUUUGGAAUGUGAAAAUUGAAAAUUUUUUGGUAGUGGAUUUGAGUGUUUGAACACAGAAAUCAAAAAGGCAAUUUCUGUAAAUAGGUUUUAGAUGUUUUCUAGUGAUAUUUACAAAGAUCCAUUAGUUUCUACAAUUGGUGGAACUUGUAAGAUUCUGAUAUAUCUUGGUUGAGUUUUGGGGCUUUGCAGAUUCUUGAGAAACAAACACAAGUCUGUCAAGUAUCAGCUUAAGUAAUAAGCUUGGAUACAGAAAAUCUGGGAUAGAGGCAUGACAAUAGCUUUUCACUCUUUGAAUUACCCUCCACCUGUAUUGGGUUAUAUGAAUAAGCAUAGAAGCCAAUAUGCAACAAGGACAAGUCCAGCUUUAGCUUUUCCUCCAUCUUCGAUUCUCUUACAAACCGAUGACAGUGGUAACUUAAUCGACUCCAAUAAAAAUCCCAGUUCAAGUACAGUUUCAACAAGUUGCAAUUCUGGUGGUUCCUUGCUCAAUCAAGAAAAUACAGUAGGAAUCAUUGGUGGCACAUCUAUUAAUUCUACUUUGAAUUUCUUCAAAAAACUUGUACAGUGGAGUACAAAAGAUGGAGAUGAUAGCCCACCGUUUGUUCUUUGCUCCGAUCCUGUGUUAAGCAAGGAGCUUUCAUUGCAUGAGAGAAAAUCUUUCCCUUCCUCUGUGAGUAAAAAUGAGCAUUUCCAAAAGGAUCACGCUCCAAUUGAAAAUUUAAGACGGAAAAGGGCUUUUCUUGAGGAUUCUGGAGCUCGAUGCAUAAUAAUGCCUUGUCACAUAUCUCAUUCAUGGCACGAUGAAGUUUCAAGGGGAUCUUCUGUUCCUUUCCUUCAUAUGGGUGAAUGCGUCGCAAAGGAGCUCAAGGAAGCGAAAUUGAGGCCUCUUGAAGCGGGAAGUUCUCUGCAGAUUGGGGUUCUUGCCACUGAUGCAAUUCUGAAGGCAGGUUUUUAUCAGGAGAAACUUCAGAAUGAGGGUUUUGAGGUUGUGCUGCCGGAUAAAGCGACCAUGGAGCAUACUGUAAUUCCAGCAAUUGAAGCUUUAAACAGAAAGGAUAUGGAAGGGGCACGAAAUUUGUUAAGAAUAGCACUACAAGUUCUUCUCGUUAGGGCUGUGAAUACUGUCGUCCUUGCUUCAGAUGACAUGCGAAAGCUUUUGCCUCAGGAUGAUCCUCUUCUCAAGAAAUGCGUGGAUCCAAUGGAUGCAUUGGCCCGGUCAACUAUUAAGUGGGCUCGAUCUGCUGGAAAAGGUACGUGAAGACCACCUAGAUUGCUAUGCAUUUGGUUCACAUUGUAGCAUUAUUAAUUUUUCUGUAUUUUAUUUUUGAUUUAGUUCAUAAUCUUAUUGUUGUGUUUCGUUGAAUUGGGAGUUGUAAACUGUUCAUUAGGUUGUUUUUAUUGUGUUAAUGAUGAAUUACUAUUGGGGGAGAAUUAUGUUGGAAAUUGGUGAUGAAAAAAGUGCCGUAUUUUGUCAAGUAAACAAAUUAUGAUAGUGUAUGGCUUAUAAAAAAUUCUUUUGUGUAA